CGAGGAUGCAGUAACGCAUUUGGUCUCGGCAUACGCCAGGACGCCCUGGAAAUAAAUCAUACAGACAGUGUGCACGUGAUUUCAUUAUGCCAACGGCAGCAGCGCAAGCUUCGUUCUCUAUUUGAAAGGUGCUUCCGAACAGCCUGCUGGAUGGAUAGAUAUUUUUUAAAGGCUUCGAAAUAUGCCUUCUUCUGUGUAAGAAGAUAUUUUGAAGGAAUCAUCAUUGGGUGACUCGAAGCUAUGCGUCAGAGGGUGGCAUGGUGGAUUUUCGCCAGCCACUCAAAGCAACGACCUUUCCGGAGACUUUGGUUUUCGUUCCCAGCUAUUACGGAGGCAAAUACGCUGUCCCAAGAGAGGCGAAGUGAAGGAACACGAAGUAAACUGGGAAGCAAGUACAGCUUCUGUAUGUGGCUAUACAGCGGAGCCAUGGUACAUUGCAUAGAUACGUGCCAGUGUGCAGACGAAGCUCGAAGAUGUGAGGCGAGCAUUGUGACGACGCGCCAGGUCUUCUACGUAUAUCAGGGGCGACAUGCACGUAGCAUGGAACUUUCGACCCCAAACACAGCGAGACAAACAACAAGCGAGCCAGGAGGAAGGAUUACAGACUCGAAAUUGUUCGUUACAAGAUGCGGUGCGAACUCUUCCCCCGGGGUCAGAGGGCGUUGGAACCUUCCAAUAUUCGCAGCACAGCAAGAUAAAGGCGAACAACGGGCUCCACGAAGGAAGGGAUUACACGGGUUCCAAAUCGUCCGCACGAGACGUUGCUGCCCAAAGGAACCGUGUUCCUUUAAAACGCGAAGCACGAAACCGAAAGGACAAACAAAACAAGCUUCUACAACAAGAGAUUACACAGACUCCAAAUUGUUCGGCACAAGGAGAACGAAUUGCCCGCAAGUCUUACGACCCCGCUGGAACUACCAGACAGCACAUCAUCUGCGUUGAUUGCGGUGCAUUGAUCGGGAUCAGCAUAAACGCGCUUAACGCUCUGCUUGCGAACGCGGAUCAUGUCUGCAGAGUGACAUCCGACGGAGUGACCCCGGAGACACAAUGUGUUAGCAGACGACGCGGGAGCACUUGCGUCUCUUCCGGUCAAAGCUCCUUCCGCUUGAAGAACAUCAACCCGACAGGAAAAGGCUUUUGACCGCUCUCCCUGUCCCUGUCGCUUCAGUGCAGUCGCUCUGCAUUGGCUGUUUGCCCCGCUGUCAACCUUCUUUCCCUCGGUACCGAGUGUUUUUUGUCGUUUGGGAGAAUGCCAUGAAAGAAGAAACGACCAACAUGAGAUCGUCCCUAUAGCCAGCCUCAUUCACGAACUCGAUCACAUUACGGGACAGUCAUCCUGACAAGUGGUGGCUGUAUCUCAGAUGUGUUGCUGGAUAAGUAGGAGACAGGAGGUUGGACAGAAACGACAGACGACAUCAGGGUGUAUCUGAGUGCCUGUACCUAUAGAUAAUUUUUGUGUAUGUUCACGAAAAUAUUACAUUUUCAUGUACGCAUUUGUAGACGUAACCCAGUUACUUGUUCCAGUGAGUUUCGAGUACUUGUUUAGAAGGUAGGCAAGUGAUUGAACACAAAUAUGAUUUCGCGAUGUGGAAGCCAAACCGUUAUAAACGUCUGGCAUAUGCCGUCUAGUCAUCGUACUGUGAAUAACAAUAUUUAUACAAUACCAUAUACAAUAUAUAUACAUGAAUACUAUCUCUCGUACUAUCUCUCGCACAGAGUGCCUCAGACACUCUUUCAUACCGCUCGCCGAAACCGAGUGGAACCCACUCCCACAGAACGUUGUCGACAUCGCAGAUCCCCUAACCUUCCGCAGGCAUUUACUUUCCCAUUUGUUUCAUUAAUAACUUUGUUGUCACUUAGGCCCCCUUCCCUAGGU